AUGAAACAAAGUGGGCGCACCUUCAGUCCUUAUAUAGAAACAGUUCUCAUGAAAGUUUGGGAAGAAGCAGCGAUGGUGCAUAUGACUAUUGCAGAUUUUUGUUUUAAUCAAUUGAAGCUAAUGGGGAAAGAUGUUACUAUGAAAAAAGACCUCCAACUCAAGCCCGAAGAUAUCAAGGAUCAGGAUCUUCUUAUCUCUUUAGGUGGAGAUGGAACUUACCUGAGAACUGCUGGUAUCAUUGAAACACCUGAUGUACCGAUAUUAGGAAUAAAUACAGACCCUUCGAGAUCUAUAGGCUUUCUUUGCAAUAACAAGAUAUAUUACGAUAUGCGAUAAAAACAAAUCGAGCGAAUCUUUGACAACUUAGACAAGGAAAACUAUGAGAUUUUCUAUCGGUAGCGAAUUAACUUUGGCAUGAAUAGUCCUGUGACAGGAGAGUCCAUUAACAAGUUAGUUUUAAACGAAAUAUUUGUUGCAGAAAAGGAUACAGGCAAGACUAGCAUUUAUAAUUUGCAGGUGGAUGGGAAGGAUCUUGGUAAAUUCAAGUCAAGUGGUUUAUUGGUGUCAACUGGUACUGGCUCAUCUGGUUGGCUAUUUUCCGCUAGAAGAAUAACAUAAAGUGACGUGAGGACUAUCCUCAACUAUCUAGGCAAUAUUGAAAAUAUAGACUUGGUCGAAGAGCACUUUGCUAAAACCAUUUCAUAGCAAACUAUAUUCCCUCCUGAAGAGGAGAAGAUGUAUUAUUACGUAAGAGAGGGGUAUUUGAAGGAACCUAGUGGUUACAAUAGAUCAUCAGAAGGAUAUGCAAGUAAAUUGAAAUAUAGAAGUGAGCUAAUUGAGGGUAGGGUCUAUAUAGAUGGAUAUUACACUAAAGAUAUUGGUUUAGGCGACGAAUUUACAGUAGAUUCGAAUCCGAGCUAUCGUUUAAAAUGCAUCAGAUUUCUCUUAUGA